UUCCACUCCUACGAGCACCAGGCAAGUGCAUACGGCAAGAAAGGUUCUUGGAUUGGUUCUGCUGCGAAGAUGGUGGCGCCCAUGGUGAUCGCGUCGGCGGGGCUCGGGAUGCUGGCGGGCGUGGCGAUGGCAAACCGGACGACCGGGGACGGGCUGCCGGCGGCGUCCAGAUGGGACGCGCGGCCACGCUGCUCCACGUGCAGCGGCACCGGCCGGGAGGAGUGCCUCUGCAGCCGUUGGUCCGACGGCGACGUCGGCUGCGGGACGUGCUCCGGCUCCGGCCGCAAGCGGUGCCGCAGCUGCGGAGGCUCUGGCACCGGCCGGCAGCUCCCGGCGCGACUCAUCGUCCAGCAGCAGAAGCUGCCGACCGCGCACGGGUGACGCGGAGACUACAACGGACGUUCAUAGUUCUCCCGGAGGGAAUCCGAAGUGCAAUUAGGCAGAACAUAGCAUAUGAGUGUCUCCUUCAAGACGUUCAUAGUUAUGUAUAGAACAUGUUUAGAGCUCCUUUGAUUCAAAAGAAUUUUGUAGAAAGUUAGAGGGUUUAAAUCCUUAGGAAUCUUUUCAUGUGUUGCAGUUUGAUUCACAUGAUUGCAAUUCUUUGGAGUUUUUCCUUUGAA